AUGUCUUCGCAUCUGGCGAGGCCAAGCCUCGUGGACCCAAGCUACGGUAUCAACAUGGUCGGGCUUUGUCCCCCUCUUCUGCCCAACAGACCUCUGGUCUCUUCGGAUCUGCCUUCAUGUCAUGCGUCUGGAAAACAACCCGCAGACCGACUGGACGAACCGCAGCAGGCCUGGCCGCCGGACAAGUCUGGAUCGCGGAAUGGGACGUCGUUUUCCGACAAUCUGGCCGGUGUUGGCGACCUCAACUCGCCCAGUCCAAAGAAUCUCAGAAGUCUGGUCUCCGACGCAGAGAUCGGCACCACGUCGUCCGGAGGCAGCGACAACUGUCUGGAGUCCGGAGGACCGGAGGUGUACAGCUCGGAUUUGAGCAAUCGCGUCGAAACAGACAGCGCCGCCUCGAGUGGACUCUCGCCCGACUUUAGAAGCUCCGAAGGUGCCGCUACACCUCAGACAUUACCCUCGACCUCGGUCUACUGUUCAGUCGAUGAGAAGGCGGCACUUUCACGGGACGUCCUCACCCCCGGCUAUGCACCAACGAUGGACAUGCGCGGCCUUGACGACCAAUUGAUGAGUCUGGUCAGAGUGAUGCAAGCCUUGGCUACCAGAUGUCGCGGUUUGGCACAUCUAAGGCUUCAACAGCAACAUCAGCAGCAACAUCAGCAGCAGCAGUACAUCUAUCGGGAGGCUUAUCAGGCGUCAUGUGAACCGCUCCACGUCGCUCGGUCCGGUCUCGUCCAGACCUCGGAGGAGAAGAAGAAAUGCGAUGCCCGAGGCGAGAGCAGAAGAACGCCGGAAGCUGAGGAAAGCCCGGACAGUCACAAGGGCCAGGGCCCACGGCAGGAGGAGGCGCUUGUAGGGACAGGAGACGGAGGCGGAUCGGAAUGGGCAGAAGGGAUAGACAAUGUGUGCGACAAUAAAACGGAGCGGCCGGUUGUGGGAGACAUCCCGUCUGGACCAGGUAAUGACCUUAUUUUAAUACUCAUCGCCUCGACUCACUUUCUGUCGAAACCUAGCAGAGCUAGUCUAGCCAAUGGAGGUAGGAGGAGAUACUAG